GAAGUAAUUAGACAAUAGAUAUUUUGUUGUUGAACGCAAAGCGAAAGAAAAAGUUUUCUAUUUUUGUUGAUUUAACGUGAUUUUGUCGAUUUUUUUUUGUACAGUACCUUCUAGGAAUCAAAAACGAUGGCAUCAACACAAAAUGAAUUGGAUGUCAAACAUUUGGAUGACGCAUCGGAUAAUGAAUUUCACGAUGCAGAAGAAGAAGCAUUAGAGGAAAAAUUUUCGGAUGCUCUGGAUUUAAAUGAAUCAUUCGAAGCAGAACCAGAGCCUGAGCCUGAACUCAGCGAAGAAGAAUUGCAAUCAAACAAAGAAAAGGCUGAACAGUUAAAACAAGAAGGCAACACCAUUUUCAAAAAUGCAGACUAUGAAAAGUCCAUUGAUAUAUAUACCGAAGCAAUUGCGAUUUGUCCGAAAAAAUGCACCGUUGAACGGGCAAUACUGUUUAGCAAUCGAGCAGCAGCUCACAAACAUCUUGGCGCACAAAGUGUGGCCAUCGAAGAUUGCACGAAAGCCAUUGAAAACAAUCCAGAUUACAUCAAAGCAUAUACAAGACGAGCAGCGCUCUACGAAGAAACCGAUAAACUCGAUGAAUGCAUGGCCGACUACAAUAAAAUACUUGAACUCGACCCAAGCAACAUUGAAGCAAAAACACAUGUGGCACGCCUGCAGCCGAUUGUCAACGAAAGAAAUGAACGUCUCAAAGAAGAAAUGAUGGGCAAACUCAAAGAUUUAGGCAACAUGAUAUUAAAACCAUUCGGACUGUCAACAAACAAUUUUCAAUUGCAACAAGACCCGAGCACUGGCUCUUAUUCCGUUAAUUUUCAACAAAAUCCACCACGUUCAUAGUCUUUAAAUUUGCCAUUUAUUUUGUAAAUUACACAAAAAAUUAUAUUUAAAACAAAAAAACAACAGAUUCGACAAAUGAUAAAUAAGUUUCGCU